AUGGUAUGUUGGAAUUGCCAAAAAAAAGACGGUAGAACACUUUUAAAAACUCCCAAUAUAACAGAAAUUACAGAGAUGGGUAGAGGCAAAUUUUGGUACAAUGGAAUUAGAAGCAAUUUACUAUCAGUACUUUCAAACCGCUGUGAUAUUCAACCAAGAACAAUUAAAUUACUUUUUAAUAUCGAUGGAAUGUCACCGUUCAACAGUUCAUUAUAUCAAUUUUGGCCUAUUUCAUUUAUCGUUGAAGAAAUGCCUGAGCUGCAACCAAUGAUUGUAGCGAUUUAUUACGGCGAAAACAAAUCUCCACUUCAGUUAUAUUUGAAACAAUUUGUACAUGAAUUGAACGAAAUUCUUAAAGAUGGAUUAUUCAUAAAUGCACAGAAAGUAACUGUCAGCGUAAAAUGUUUUGUUUGUGAUACACAAGCUAGGAAUUACAUUAAAGGAACUCCUGCUUGUAACGCUGAAUAUGGAAGUUGUAUUAAAUGUACAGUUGUCGGUAAAUGGGACACGAAGGGAAGACACAUGAGCUACCCAAGAUUUGAUUGUCCUCGAAGAACUGAUGAAAGCUUUCGCAAUAAAACGAACGAAGAUCAUCAUAAAGAAAACACGCCAUUGACAGAUUUGCCAAUUGAUAUGGUGGAAGACUUUGUAGUUGCAGAUUCUCUUCAUCUAUUCGAUUUAGGCAUGCAUUAA